AUGGAUGACGACCCGCGCUCAGGAACCCGCUCGCGUGACGAGCCCUGUCACAGCUACGACCUAAGCAGUGCUGUAUAUGGCAUGCUUCCAUCACGCGCCAUGGACAUCACGGCGCUGACAUCUUCCGCUUCACCUCCAGCUCGAAGCCGGGCUGGAAAGCGACAGAGCGCUGUGGAUACCGUCGUCAUUUCGCAGCGCAGCAUCUCACUCGGUCCCAACUCUGCACCUCCCUCCUGGCUCCCACAGACCAACAAGCGCAGUCGCUUGCAGCAUAAUCAGCGUAUGGAGCUCCACCAAAGCACAUGCCUGAACCUCAACCUGGCAUCCGACGACAGCACCGAGUCCGACCUAUGGAUCUUACCUGACUUUGACGACUGGGAGCUCGAGACCGAGCAGCCAGCCCCUGCGAAAAGACAAAACGAAUGGGCACCGCUGCUCCGUCGAGCGGCCAAGUCGAACCUCGAACGACUCCGGGCAAGACUCGAAGGAGAUGGGUGGGACUUUGUGGGUGGCAAGUACGACGAGGACAAGAAGGCACUGCAGGAGGCGGCGAGUCAGAGCGAGGAGAGUGUGGAUGAGGAGUUUGACGUUGUGGUUUUGCCCGCUGUGCAGCACUCUUGCUAG